GAUAUUUUCCGGGUCCUGUGACUUAUCAGGUGGUUUGUGGUGAAGGAGGAGAGGAAAGGAGAGAAGAGAAGAGAAGAUUUGGGAGGGAAAGGAGUUUUUUUUUUGUGUUGUUGUUUAUUUUUUUUGGGGGGGUAAUGGUUUGAUUAGGUCGCUCUGUAACAGUAAGUAAGAGUACCAGAAUGGCAGGAGGCUCCGUGUCGGAGUGUAAGGAGUACUUGUUUAAAGUUUUAGUGAUUGGAGAGUUAGGUGUUGGGAAAACCAGCAUCAUUAAACGCUACGUCCAUCAGCUUUUCUCUCAGCACUACAGAGCAACAAUUGGUGUUGACUUCGCCCUCAAAGUCCUCAACUGGGACAGCAAAACAUUAGUCCGUCUGCAGCUAUGGGAUAUCGCAGGUCAGGAGCGCUUUGGGAACAUGACCCGAGUAUACUAUAAGGAGGCAGUGGGAGCGUUCGUGGUGUUCGACGUGACCAGAAGCUCCACGUUCGAAGCCGUGUCGAAGUGGAAGCACGACUUGGACAGCAAGGUGAAACUUGCAAACGGCAACCCUAUCCCGUCCGUCCUGCUGGCUAAUAAAUGCGACCAGAAGAAAGACAGCUCUAAUAACGCCUCGCUUAUGGACAACUUCUGCAAGGAGGCCGGCUUCCUGGGCUGGUUUGAGACAUCAGCCAAGGAUAACAUAAAUGUUGACGAGGCAGCCCGGUUCCUGGUGGAGCACAUUCUCCUGAACGACAAAGGCGUUCCGUACGAAGAGAGCAACGGCGACCGCAUCAAGCUGGACCAAGACCCCAUGCCUGCGGAGAGCAAGUCUGGUUGCUGCUAGCGUCAGGCCUCAAUCUGUCCGUUCGCCUGCAAUAAAGGAGGGGUUGUUGGCUACGAACUGAGACCCAAAGCCCCACCAUCAUGUCCUUUACUUCCUUCCAUUCAUGUUCAUCAUCCAUUUUGAAACCAAUGGCACAAGCAAGUCUUAGCGUACGAGUCUCAGCUCUCCGCGAGUGGAAACCAUAGCCAUGAAGAUUAUCAUUAUAUCGUUAUAUCAUUUAUAGUGACUCUUUCUCAGUCAUUCUCCCCCAUCUCUCUCUGGCUCAACACUGUUCAUAUAAGAUGUAUAUUUGUAGCCUUCAAUAGUGUCCGGUGCCAUAUUUUCGCCAUAUUUCUUUUGUUAUUGAGAAUAAACGCAACCCUAUGGGUGUCCUAGGA